AUGCUUCUCAGAACCGCUUCUUCCUUCUCUCUCCUCAACGCCAACGGCGACCAUAUACUCCCUCUGUUAAACUCUUCUUCUUCUUCUUCUUCUGGUAUUCCAUGCUAUUCCCAUGCCAAAAGCUUCGUUCCCUGCGCCACCAAGGGCUCCAACAACCGCCCCUUAACCGGCGUCGUUUUUGAACCGUUUGAAGAGGUCAAGAAGGAGCUCGACCUUGUCCCCACAGUCCCAGAAGCUUCCCUUGCUCGCCAGAAGUACACCGAUGAGUGCGAGUCUGCUAUCAACGAACAGAUCAAUGUGGAGUACAACGUUUCGUAUGUUUAUCAUGCGAUGUUUGCCUACUUCGACAGGGACAACGUUGCGCUUAAGGGUCUUGCCAAAUUCUUUAAAGUGUCAAGCGAGGAGGAAAGGGAGCAUGCUGAGAAAUUGAUGGAAUAUCAGAACAAACGUGGUGGAAAAGUUAAGUUGCAAUCUAUUGUGAUGCCUCUUUCUGAGUUUGACCACGGGGAAAAGGGAGAUGCGUUAUAUGCAAUGGAACUUGCUCUGUCGUUGGAGAAACUGACAAAUGAGAAGCUUCUUAACUUGCACAGUGUUGCCUCAAAGAACAAUGAUGUGCAAUUGACAGAUUUUAUUGAAAGCCAAUUUUUAGGUGAACAGGUGGAAGCCAUUAAAAAAAUCUCUGAGUACGUUGCUCAGCUCAGAAGAGUUGGGAAAGGGCAUGGUGUGUGGCACUUUGAUCAAAUGCUGCUCCACGAUGAGGGAGUUGCUGCUUGA